AUGAAGUGGCUCAACCUCCUCCCCAUAGCCUUAGGGCUAGCCCACGCAAGCAUCAUCUCCUUCUCCCCCCCAACCAACCCGGACAUCAUCUACAGCCUCACCAUCCCGAACACCACGACGCUCUCCACCCCAGGCCCGAUCUACAUCCAAAUCACGGCCCCAACCUCCAUCCAAUGGGUCGGCCUAGGCCAAGGCGCCCAAAUGACCGGCGCGAACAUGUUCCUCCUAUACACUUCCUCGUCAACCAAAAUCACACUCUCCCCGCGCUCCGGCCUCGGCCACUUCGAACCCCAAUACACAAGCAACACCCAAAUCACCAUGCUCCCAGGCACCGGCAUCUCCACCAUCAACUCCACCACCGCCGCCCUCACCAACAGCAGCUCCCCCUCCGACAACACCAGAACAACCAUGACAGCCAACUUCCGCUGCGACAACUGUCUCACCUGGCAAGACGGCACCGGUACCAUGAACCCCAAGGACACCAACUUCCCCUUCAUCUGGGCCUACCGCGCCGGCGUACCCAUCAACUCCGCCUCCAUGGACGCCGACAUCUCCAUCCACGACGACAUGGGCGGUAUCCAAGUCGAUCUCACUCGGGCCGGUAUGCCCCCUCAACCCAACAACACCACAUCCCCAGAUAGUAGCAGCAGCAGUAGUAGCAACACCACAAACCCCUUCGCCAACUACAACCCCCUCACUGACUCCAUCCCCGCCCAAUCCACAACCAACCCAUCCACAACUUCCUCCCCGCUCCCCAACCUCACCAAAAUGACCCAUAUCCUCAUCACCCACGCAACCCUCAUGGGCCUCUCCUUCGUGCUCUUCUACCCGCUCUCGGCCCUGCUCAUGCCCCUGCCUAUCUCCCUCCCCAUCUCCAAAUUCAGACUGCAUAUGCCUCUCCAGUUCUUCACUAUGCUCAUGACCCUUGCGGGCUUCGGAUGCGGGAUCUACCUUGCCUAUGAGACGGGGCAGUUGCGCACGGCGCACCCGAUCCUGGGCAUUAUUGUCGUCGGGGUGCUGGUGCUGUUUCAGCCCGCCAUGGGCUGGUUGCAGCAUUUUGGGUAUGUGAGGACGGGGGGUAGGACGGUGUGGGGGCUUUGUCAUCGGUGGCUUGGUAGGGGGGUUAUUGUGGUGGGGGGUGGUUAA